CACUGCUGUAAUUCGGAACUUUUAAUUCACAGAAUUGUUUACUUUUAAUUAUACAUUUUCCUUUGCUGUUUCUUUUAACAAAUUUAAUUAUUUUCUUACCAAAUGCCAAACAACACGCAAAAACCAUUCAAGUUCACAUCCAGUUUGUUUAAGCCCGUACCUGAGGACGAGUUUAUUAAUAAGUGCGACUUUGUUCCUGUUGUUGAUUACAAUAAAAUCGAACUGGAUGAUUUGGACUUUUCUAAUUUCGAAUCAUAUCGGGCUUCCAAGAAGCCUCGCCAAAAUCCCGUUGAGGAUUUGUCGCAACAAAAUGAGGCUUUGCCUCAACAAGAUGCUCUUAACGAUUGUGACAACGACUUCGAUUUGAACGACAACACUUGUUACGAUGAGCCUGCGUUGACAGAGGAAGAAGUUCUUGCUAAAGAGAACGAGGCUAUCGCAAAAGAAAAAGCCGACAAAAAGUUUGCUAGCGAGAAGCGUCAAAUGAAGUCUACACAACUGGCUAAUGACUGGGAGGAGAACCUUGAAGGUGUUAAGGCUGCCUUUUUCGAGUCAAUGGGAAACGGAUUCCCUAAAGCUGAAGCAGUUGAGGUUGAGGUACCUGCGGUUGUGUGCGAAGACCAUGAAGUAAAAAUUCGAGAAAUGAAGUUAUACUUCUUUCACCGCCAUGUCAAGGUGAAAUUCCAAGAGUGCAAUUGCAAGCCUCUUUGGAAAACUUUAAUGCUCUUGCAAUUCAUGCCUGCCAGCAUUAGACAACCAAAGUGUGCUGUACACUUUGGUUUCUUGCAAGCCAUUCACGACCGUAAGGAAAUCGGUCAGGAUUCAGUCACGUCCUGGGUCAAGUGGAUGAAUUUGCAGAAUUCAAGAAGAGCUGCUAGUGACUCUGGUGAGGAGUUGCUGUCACUUGGUCAAGAUAGAACACUUGAGGAGGAGUUCGCACAGUCUUUGGAUGGGAUUAUGUUGGCACCUUCCUGCGUUGUUUGUCUAGGUUCCGAGCGAACAAUGAUAACAAUGGAUGGAAACUUUUCCCAGAAGCGCCAUAAUUGUGCUCAUAACUCACCUGAGUCUUUUUUGGUGUAUCAAGUUGACGAGCUUUGGGGUAAAGCUGAGAACGUGGAGAAGUUCUUGAAGGAUGAUCGCCCUGUCAGUGAUUGUAACGCUGAACUCCAGUAUCUCGGUGAUGGUGAUGGUAAAGAUGGUGAUGGUAAAGAUGUUGAUGAUAGCGAUGAUGGUGCUGGCGUUGGCGCCAAGUGA